CCCAGGGCCAGAGCCAGGGAGCUCAAAUUCAACGCUGUCUGGCCAGAUCUUCGCUGCUGAACGGGGAGCAUGCAAUUUGCACAGCAUUCUUUUUCUCGGCCCUGGGCAUCAGAGUUGGUGGCAGCCUCAAACCUACUUUAGACAUCAAACGACUUACUCCUUGUAAGGCAGUAUUACUAGCAUUGCCGUGGCCGUUUGCAGAGCAUCACGCAAAACGUCAAGAAGCCCGGCGCACAGUGAAGCAGCUGAGUCGAGUCAGAUUCCUUCCAAUAGUCUAUGUAACAUCUUUCCAGAAGGAGCUGAAAUGUGAUCAGACCUUGAAUUGGUCAGCUGGAUACCGAGUUCCACUGUGCCCCUGCUUUCAGAAUAAGUAGUCACCAAUACAAGUCUUAUCAGCAACCUUUUGCUCAUCAAGCUGUUUGUUACGGCCCACAUUUCACUCCGCUGAUCGACUGGCAGCGCAGACUCCAUCACAAUCAUCUGAUCAGUGCAAAUCGGGUUCUUGAUAAGCUCGCUCUAUCAGCAAGUUCUCACAUAUCAGUAAGCUCGACCCACCAGCCGAAACUGCCUUGUCACUGGCCCCCCAUCAUCAGCAACAUUGCAAAGGUUUGAUACAGCCAGCGGUUCGGAGCAAUCUCCUAGUUUCAGUCUCAUCUAAUCUUGAACUAAGUUUCCCCAGCAAAAGACUGAAUUAACCCAACCUAAAACCUUUCUCUAAACCAGGAGGUUCACUAGAAAAGUUGUGCCAAUUUCUCCUGGCCCAAUGCCCCUCCCCACGCACUCCCGCUAUGACUACAGCCCCAUACUCCACCGCCCCCCUUGGCGCUGGCCCAACGACACCGGCCUCGCCGUCUACAUCGCCAUAAACCUCGAGCACUUCUCCUUUGGGGGGGGGCUCGGAGCGCAGCUCGCGCUGCCCCCCCCGACGCAGCCCGACGUGCUCAACUUCUCCUGGCGCGACUACGGGAAUCGGGUUGGGGCGUGGCGGUUGCUAGACCUAUUGAAAGAGUAUGAGUUCCCGUGCUCUUGUCUCGUAAAUUCUGAGAUCUACAGCUACUGUCCUGAGCUCCUCAAAACGUUUCAGGGGGAGGGGCAUGAGAUUGUUGCGCACGGGAGGGGGAACCACGAGCGGCAGGGGGGGCUGGCAGAGGACGAGGAACGGAGGCUGAUUGCGGAGGCGACGGAGGUGUUGGAAACGAAAGGGGGGGUGCGGCCAAAGGGGUGGCUCAGCCCCUGGAUCUCGGAGAGUAAUGUGACACCAGAUCUACUGCAGGAGGCCGGGUAUAAAUACACUCUCAACUGGGCUUCCGACGACCAGCCCUUCUGGAUGCGCACGCGGAGCGGAUCGCACAUUGUGUCCGUACCCUAUCCCCAAGAACUAAACGACAUCCCGACGAUAGUCCCCAACCGCCGGUCUCACGUCGAAUUUGUCGACAUGAUCAUUUGCAAUCUUCGCGAAAUGGAACGCCAAGUUGAGCGGACGGGCCAGGCUCUCGUCAUGGGAAUUGCUUUGCAUCCAUACAUAAUGGGGCAGCCGUUCCGGUUGCACGAGCUGCGGCGGGCGUUGGAUGUAUUAAAAAUGAGACAGAGUGCAGAGAAGAUUUGGCUGACGCGCGCUGGAGAUGUUGCAGAGUACUUUGCGGGCUUGGACUUGAAGGCAAGCGAAGUCACUGAGGGUGGUCAGUAGCGGCCGAUUUUGGAAUGUCCACAAAUCCUGAUUGACAGAGUCAUUGCUUUGUCAGGAGCGGCGCUUGACAGUUGUUAGCGUCCGCUUUGUGGCGGUGUGGAGGUUUGGACGGGCGGAACCACAUUCCGAGAUAUAUGUGUUAGUAUCAACUCGGCCGCGCUUCUGGCCAAUUUCGUAUACGUACUUACUGAA